UUUACUUCCCAUGACAGAAGGAAACUGUUGUAGCAGGAACAGAAAAUAAACAUAAUGAAAUAGAUAUUUACCUAUUAAAAGGACAAUUCUCAAAACUAGAUUCCCAAUCUAGAAUUCAGAGAAGUAGCCUGGGGUAGCAAAAUAUGGCCCCCUCAGAGAGUAAUGUAGACAAAGAAAUGAAUUAGUAUUGAGAAGAGGAAUAGUGAACAAGAUAUUAGUUAGAGGACAUACUGACAAACAGGAAUAUUGGUGAUAAACCAGGAAGCUAGGAGACAAUCCUGGGUUAGAGAAGAUGCAUUUUUAGGUAAUGAGAUAAUGGGGGGGGAAAGUAAAAAGAAAUGAUCAGGAUAAAGAAAGAUAUCUAAGAGGCUUAAAUCUGUGGUCUCCUAGCAACAUCAGAGAGCAGAAGAUAUGAUUAGGAAAUACUCUGAGAGUUAGCACUGAACAGAGGUAGUGGGCAGGAACUACAAAGUAUUAAGGCAGUUUCAGAUUCUGAUAGGUUUCAAAUGAAUAAAAUCAUUAUAAGCAAAUAGAAUAAGACACAGACCCAGAGAAAAGACAUACAGGUUCCUGACUCAUUCUUGAGUCAGGUGGGAAUUUUUUUUAACAUUAAAAAAUUUUUUCACUUAAAUCAUCCAUGGAUACAAAAGAAUCUUAUAGUUUUACUUCUUAAAAUGUAUAAGUGGCCAAAGAAAGAGAUGGAGACAACUUCUUCUUUGAGCAUUUAUACAUAAAAACAUGAAUGCUCAGAGCCAAAUCUUCUGGCUCUCACACAACAUGCUCCAUCUCUAGUAGUCUCCUGUUAUUAGUUACUGGAAAUCUAUCUUGAUAACUACAGUAACUCAUAAUAGGAGGCUACUAGAGAUGGAGCAUAUUAUAUCAGCCAUCUACUGGUUAUAUCUAGGGAUUUCUAGUAACUAGAAAUGGCUGAUAUAACUUGAAUUACUUUAUUCUGAAAAAUUGUUGUUGGUCUCAUCUUCCCAAUAGUCCUCUAAAUGUAUAUGCAUUUUAUAGAUCAGGAAACGCAUAUACAGAGAAGCUAAGUGAGGCCAUAGAAUUAAUAAUUGUUGGAGUUAGGAUUCAAAUAAACAUUCUUAACAUCAAAUCUUGCAAUCUUUAUGCUAUCUGCCUUCCCUAUUGGAAGGAUGCAGGGCCAUAGUUCCACUGAAAUGAAACGUAACUUAAAAUCAUUUAAAUUUGGCUUUGGAAAAGCAUUAUAUUUUUAUGUAAAAAUGAAUACCUAUUUCUGAUAUUGAGUUCACAACAUUUCAAACACAACAAAAAAUCAUCACAGUUGAGCUAGUGCGCACUCCUCGCCCGCUGCUAGGUCCAGCCCGGCCCAGCCAUGUCCAUCCACUUCAGCUCCCCGCUGUUCAGCUCGCGCUAGGCCGGCUUCUCCGGCCGCGGCGCCCAGGUGCGCCUGAGCUCCGCGCGCCCCGGUGGCUUCAGCGGCAGCAGCCUCUAUGGCCUGGGCUCCUCGCGGCCGCGCGUGGCCAUGCGCUCCGCCUAUGGGGUCCCGGUAGGCGCCGGCAUCCGCGAGGUCACCAUCAACCAGAGCCUGCUGGUCCCGCUGCGGCUGGACACCGACACCUCCCUCCAGCGAGUGCUCCAGGAGGAGCGUGAGCAGAUCAAGACCCUCAACAAGUUCGCCUCCUUCAUCGACAAGGUGCCUUUUCUGGAGCAGCAGAACAAGCUGCUGGAGACCAAGUGGGCGCUGCUGCAGGAGCAGAAGUCAGCCAAGAGCAGCCAUCUCCCAGACAUCUUUGAGGCCCAGAUUGCUGGCCUUAGGGGGCAGCUUGAGGUGCUGCAGGUGGAUGGGGGCUGCCUGGAGGUGGAGCUGCGGAGCAUGCAGGAUGUGGUGGAGGACUUCAAGAAUAAGUACGCAGAUGAAAUUAACUGCCGCACGGCUGCUGAGAGUAAGUUUGUGGUGCUGAAGAAGGAUGUGGAUGCUGCCUACAUGAGCAAGGUGGAGCUGGAGGCCAAGGUGGUCGCCCUGAAUGAUGAGAUCAACUUCCUCAGGACCCUCCAUGAGAUGGAGUUGACAGAGCUGCAGUCCCAGAUCUCAGACAGAUCUGUGGUGCUGUCCAUGGACAACAGUCUCUCCCUGGACCUGGACAGCAUCAUUGCUGAGGUCAAGGCUCAGUAUGAGGAGAUGGCCAAAUGCAGCCGGGCUGAGGCUGAAGCCUGGUACCAGACCAAGUUUGAGACCCUCCAGGCCCAGGCUGGGAAGCAUGGGGACAACCUCUGGAAUACCCGGAAAGAGAGUGCAGAGAUGAACCGGGCCAUCCAGAGGCUGCAGGCUGAGAUUGACGCCAUGAAGAACCAGCGUGCCAAGUUGGAGGCCACCAUUGCUGAGGCUGAAGAGCACGGGGAGCUGGCAUUUAAGGAUGCUCGUGCCAAGCAGGAGGAGCUGGAGGCAGCCCUGCAGCGAGCCAAGCAGGACAUGGCACGGCAGCUGCGUGAGUACCAGGAGCUGAUGAGCGUCAAGCUGGCCCUGGAGAUCAAGAUUGCCACGUACUGCAAGCUGCUGGAGGGCCAGGAAAGCCGGUUGGCCGGAGAUGGAGUGGGAGCCGUGAAUAUCUCUGUGGUGAAUUCCACUGGAGGCAGUGGUAGUGGCAGUGGCAGUGGCGGUGGCAUUGGGCUGAGCUUCGGGGGAACCAUGGGCAGCAAUGCGCUGAGCUUCUCCAGCAGUGCGGGUCCUGGGCCCCUGAAGGCUUAUUCCAUCCGGACCGCAUCCACCAGUCGCAGGAGCACCCGCAAAUCAGCUGCCUCCCACCCCUCCAUUCCCCCAGCCACUACCCACAGUCCCAGGAAGAUUCCCCUCCCUGCCUCCCAUGCCUGUUUCCAAGAGGGUGAGACAGUCUGGAAAGUGAUGUCAGAAUAGCGUCCAGUAAAGCGCCUCAUUCUGAGGCCUGAGUGAAAAAAAAAAAAAAAAAGCAACACAGUUGAUACCUGACAAAAGGAGAGGGCUGUCUGGCUUCCCGUUUCCCCAUUCCUUACCAGAAAUUAAACACAGACAACAUCACCUCUAAAAUUCAUACUGCCCUUAAAUUUUAGAUAGAAAUUUGAAUUAUUCAGUUUCACUUAUUCAAAAAGAAAAUAUUUAUGAAAAAAAUAUGCUUGUAUACAAUAGAGGCAUAAAGAUUAAAAGUACCAUGUAGGUUAAAGUCAGAGACCUGACAACCUAAUGAGAAAUUUUCUAAAAGUAAGAAAUAGGUCAAAUUAUUAAAAGUACCAAUUAUAAAGUGACAAUAUAAUUGUGUAAGGACAAAAUCAAAGGCAAUGAAAAUCAGAAAAGCAAUGUAACUUAUCUUACUUUAAAUAUAUCUUCAAAUUCUAUAAUUACAUGAAGUCAAAUUAUGAGACCAGAGAAAAACUAACCUCAGAUGUGUACAUCAGGAAGAUAUCAAGAUUUGUAUUUGUUCAACUAUAUAUUUAUUAUUAUAUUAAAAAAUCAGGAUAGCUAACUAGAGUAAUUCUUAGAAAAGACAAAUAGAGAUUACAAUCAGAGGCUGGGUGUGGUGGCUCACACCUCUAAUCCCAGCACUUUUGGAGGCUGAGGCAGGCAGAUCACUUGAGGCCAGGGGAGUCCAAGAUCAACCUGGCCAAUUGGCAAAACCCUGUCUCUAAUACAAAUAGAAAAAUUAGCUAGGCAUGGUGGUGCAUGCCUAUAUUCCCAGCUACUGAGGUGGCUGAGGCACAAGAUUCACGAACCUGGGAUGUGGAGGUUGCAGUGAGCCAAUAUCAUGCCACUGCAUAACAGAAAGAUACUGUCUCAAAAACAAAUAAAGAAAAAUAAAGACUACAAUAAGAAAUGGUCACUUGAUUAUUUAGAAAUACUGGCAUAGAGAUAACCCAAUGAAUCCAAUUAAUAUCUCCCAAGAAUGAAAACUGAUUCAUAAUCAGGCCCAAGUCUGGAGGCUGGAGGGUAGGGUACAAAUGUAUAGAAGACUCUUUGGAGAAGAAAUAAAGUACAGGUUUCUCUGUUAGAAGAGCUCUUCUGUUUUUGUGUUUGUUUUUAACAGAGUCUUACUCUGUCCCUCAGGCUGGAGUUUAGCGUACAAUUAUAAGUCACUGCAGCCUUGAAAUCCUGGACUCAAGAGAUCCCCCCCCGCUCAGACUCCCCUGUAACUAGGAGUACAGGUGCACAUCAUUCCACCCAGUUAAUUUUUUUAAUUUUUUGUAGACAUGGGGUCUUGCCAGGUUGCCCAGACUGGUCUCGAACUGCUGGGCUCAAGCAAUCCUCCUGGCUCAGCCUCCCAAAGUGCUGGGACUACAGGCAUGAGCCACCACACCCAGCUAGCUACUCUCUUUAACACACCUCCUGUUAUUCCCACUUGUUCUCUGGAGUGGCUCCUCAGUGAGUUCUGCCAGCUCAGCACUUCAGUGAGCAAUUCCAUCCUGUUUGGUUUAAAAUCCUUUUAAUUAGGGAUGUGGUCUUCAAUUGCACAUUGGGGAGUAUGCUUUAGCCUUAAUGCUAUGUCAGUGAUGCCACUGCUCACCUAGUUCCCCUUUACCAAUAUGAUGUCGCUUUCCCUCAGCCACUGUGAAUUUUGGCUUUCUAUGAUCUGUAUGUCUCUGUCCCUCCAAAAUUCACAUAUUGAAGUCCUAACCCCCAAGGUGAUGGUAUUAGGGAGUAGGGCCUUUUGGAAGGUGACUAGGUCUUGAGGGCUUAAUGCCCAUUUUAUAAGGGCCUAGGGUACUCAUUUGCCCCUUACACCAUGUGAGGACACAUGAAAAGGUGCCAUCAACGAGAAAGUGGAACCUCACCAAAUACCAAAUCUGCUAGCACCUUGAACUUCUCAGCCUCUAGAACUGUAAGAAGUAAAUCUGUGUUGUUUACAAGCCACUUGGUUGAUAGCAUUUUGUUAGAGCAAUCCUAACGGAUUAAAACAGCUCCUAACUACACAGAAGUGCCUCCCUCUGUAGAGACUUACCCUGGCUGAUGACAGCCACUUGGCCCAGGAAGUACCUUCCUCCCUCUUUGCCCCAUCUCUGCCUCAAGAAGAGACAAUUCUGCAGUGCAAUUAUGCUUCGGAGGCCCAUGAAACACUCCAAGGAUUAGACCAAGGCUGAUUUUAACUGAGACCACAUCAUUGCUUGCUCUUAACCCUUCCUAAUCCUGCUUCUCUCCCUCCAUUACAGAUUUUUCCUGAAGAACACAUCCUCAAUAAAUCGCCUGCACCCAGAUCUCCAUCUCAGGCUCUACUUCUGGCAAAGCAAACUAUAAAGCUAGUGAAACACCUACAAGAAACUUAUAACUCAAGGUUGUAAAAAUGGCAUGAUGACUGUUACAAUCAUAUCACAGUGGGCCCCUCCAGCAACUUAAACCUCAUAACCUAGGUGAAAGCUAUAAAAGGAUCUACAUUAAUUCUUCAGAGGCAGGGCUGACUAGGACUUUAAGACUGAAAAGAGACUAGCAUAAGGGAGACUUAAGAGGAACCCAGUCAAGGCCAUUCAUGACCAUGGGAUCAGGCAUAAACAGAGAAUGAGUAAACCUUGCUAAGGCCAAGGACAUUGGAAAGAUAGAACCACUAUUACUGAUAAGGUGACUGAAUCGACAACAUACUGCCACUAUAAAGUAAUAAACAAAUAAAAAGUUAUAAAAUGUAACAGAUAAGGGUUGGGGGUGAAUAUGUUUUAAAUCAAUCAGA